AUGCCGGAAGCCAACAAAGAAAGCGGGAGCGACCACCGCUCCAAUGGAUCGGAGAAUGACUAUGACCGAUUGAAAGAUUACCCAGACGACGUUGACUAUUACAGCUUGUUGGCGUUGGCCCGAGACCCUCCGCCUACGGAAUCGCAAAUCCGCUCGGCAUACAGAACCUUGACCCUCAGCUUUCACCCUGACAAACAACCCCCGGAGCUAAGGGAGGCUGCGACGGAGCAUUAUAAUAGGAUACGCGAUGCAUACGAGACGCUGAUAGAUCCUAAGAAACGAACUGUAUAUGACAUGCUGGGCAAAGAAGGAGUGCAGCACACAUGGGGGGAGGGAGGCCUCAUGGGUAGAAAUGGGUACGCUGAAAGACAACAAGUUGGAGUGAAGGCGAUGGAUGAAGUUGAAUUCCGUCACUGGUUUUUGGCGGUCAUGAGACGCCAGGAGAGGAAGUUCUUGAAUGACUUGGUGGAUGCCAAUGGUACUAUUCAUGUUUCGGUGGAUGCGAAAUCUAUGUUCGAGACCACGUCGGGAGGAGAUAUCUCGAUACGUGUACCUAGCUUAAGGCCGUCAGGGUUUUUACUCGGAUAUUCUCUUCCCAUACCACUUCCUAACAUACCUUGGUUUGGCGCAUCGAAAUCGGAGGCAAAUGGAACCAAAUAUGAAGAUACAGACAAACCAGCACCAGACCAAGGCACUCCUGAGGACAGCACGCCUGAGACGACUAGAUUACAGCUACAAGCUUCGGUCAAUGGUCGUUUUGGAAAACCAGUCCAGAACGUCAAAUUAUUCAUUCCAUCUACAGGAGAAGAACUUGAGAGACAAGUACGACAACCCUUAACCAUUCGUAACGCGAAUGUCAAUUUUGGAGCUACAUUAGCACACGUCAUCAGCAACGACCCUCUCAAACGAGGUAUCCUUAAAGGGCCCCUAUUAUCCUUCCUCGGUGGGGCGGUAGUGAACAUUAAUACCCUUAUUUUCCCGCAACCACUUGUUCAAGCAAGCAUCACCAAAGCUGUAACUCUGGUGGAAGGCACUAGGCCAUUUUCCCUCACCGUGAAAUCUACAUGCGUCUCCUCUCCAUUGCGACACCCUCCCGACCUGACUCUAUCAAUAUCACGUAUGAUAGGCACUGGAGGGGUAGUUACCGGUAACUGGUCACCCGGGUCGCUGUCAUGGCCAGAAUUCCUUCAGAAUGUGUUCAUGGAUGUUAGCAAACGCGACCCGUAUGCAGAAGCGUUGCGGCCAUAUUCGAUGAGUGGUGUUUCGAUCGGAUACACAAGCUUACCAAGAAUGCAGCUACCUACGGACCCCCGUGCUGACGAUCACGAUAUGGAUGAAGAUGAUGCAGAUAUUUUUUCAGACCAUGACAAUGACUCAACCAAGCAGCUCCAGCAGCCGCCCAAACCCAAUGAAACAUGGGGCUUCAGCCUCGGGUCGUCGCUAGAAGGCAUGAACUUAACUGUGCAAUAUGAGCGGACUAUCUUCGCGCGGAAGCCGGCGGAACCCUUGCGUUCCGAAUGGAGUGGCGAGGGCUAUUAUCCUAGCAAAACCCGGAGUGGCAGCGGCGCCAUACGGCUAGGAUUGCGCGCGGUGAUAGACGCCAACCUCAGCUUGGGCUGGUCCGUUUCUGGCUCGCGGAGAGUUGGUGAAUUCACCCGUGUGGGAUUAACCAUCUCCACAAUAGGUAACAUGGGCCUUGGUUGUAGCGUCUCAUGGAGUAGAUUGGGACAGACUUUCAAAUUACCUAUAGCUUUAUGUCCUGUGGACAAACUUACUAGUGACCUAUGCAUGUUGGUGGUCAUAGUGCCAUUCACAGUAUAUGGAGCGAUUGAAUUUGGAUAUCUGCGUCCCAGAGCGCAGCGGAGAGAAAGGCAGGAAAUCGCAAGGUUGCGAAAGCGACUUUCGAAACGAGUUGCGAAGCGUAAAGCUGAAAGUGCGCAGGCAAUUUCUAUGAUGAGGGAUCAAGUUUUGCGAAGACAAGAUCGAGAAGCCGAUCGAGACGGGUUGGUCAUUGUUCACGCCGAAUAUGGAUGUCCGCCAUCUCGUUCUUCAAAAAAGAACAAACAAAACGGGCCCAUUAUAGUCGACGACGAUUACGCGGAGGGCAUGAUAGACGUCACAAUUCCGGUCGCUGCACUGGUUGACCAGGGACAGUUGAAUAUAUCCCCUCGAGUCAUUAAGUCACAAAUUCUCGGAUUCUAUGAUCCGUUCCCACUCCGCCCGAAAUUGCUGCGGGUGCGGUAUCGGUUCUCCGGCAGGGAGCAUCUAGUUGAAGCCUGGGACUCUGAAGGAAUAAUAUGCCCGAUGAAGUCACACCUACUGUGA